AUGGAAAAGAAUGAAAAAGCAAUAAGUAGUGUAUUUAAAUCGAUUGUACUAUUUAGACACAUUCUAUCAUUCAUUUCAUCAUUAUCAUCAAUAGAAUUAGAAUCGUUAAAAGUACGAUCUGUCAAGUUUAAAGAUGCAUCAAGUCACUCUAUAUCAUACCUAUCAUUGUGUCAUCACGAUCAUCUAAAAUCACUAGUUAUCGACUCUUUAUCAAACUACAGCAACAAACACAGCAUACUAGCAACUAGAAUAAAACAACGUGAUAAUGCAUUCAAACUAUUAAUUUAUAAAUUAAAUAAUAACUCUAAUAAUAAUAAUAAUAACUGUAAUAAUAAUAAUAAUAACUGUAAUAAUAAUAAUAGUUGUAAUAGUAAUGAAUUUAUAUUACAUUUCAGAGCAUUACCAAGAAUAUUAAGACAAUGUAAAGAUGUAACAAUCCUCGACAAGAUAUAUAAUCAAUAUCGACAUUACUUUAGACAUCAAUUGGUAGUGUCGACAUCUCCAAUGUCUACUGCUAAAUCAAUACCUGCAACACCAACAACAUGUGGUGAUUGUGUUGGAUCAAAGAGUUGGGUAUUGGAUAAUGUGGCUGCUAGUGGUAACUUUGCUUGUUUUGUCUAUGUGAUGGAUCGAAUUGGUGUUGUGCCGACUGUACAAACGGUCGAGAUGGCUUGCGAGUAUGGUAGUCUUCAAAUACUCGAUUAUCUACACGAAUCGUAUCCAGAGGUUGGUAUUGGACGUUCGUUUGAAUUGGCAUCGGUCCAUCCUCAUUUAGAUGUGAUUCAAUUCCUCAUAGACAACAAGACAGAAGGGUAUUCAAUCACGACAUUGGCACAUAUUGCAGUUACCCCUUGUAUCGACGUUGCGACCCUACUCCUCUCAAAUACCAAGAAUCGAUUGGUUGACGACAAGACAGACGACCGAUACAAACAUAUCGUCGAUUUGUCAGUUGUAUCGGGGUCGGCGGAGAUGGUGCGAUUGUUUUACACGCAUUUUGGACGAGACCGUAUAUCUGCAUCUGCACUCGAUCGGUCUGCCGAGCUUGGUUAUCUCGAUAUUGUCCAAUACCUUUCAGAAGAGGUGAUUGCACCUUUUACAUCAGACGCCAAGGAAUACAGUGCAAAGAACGGUCAUUUGCAAGUGGUCAAGUAUCUCGUAGAGAGAUCUCUACCACUCGAACAACCUUGGACUUGUAAAGGAGCGAUAAACAAGGCUGCUGCAGCUGGACAUCUCGAUAUUGUACAAUACCUCUUGACAACAGGUCAUCAAUGUGACUCGUUGGCUAUGCAUCAUGCCGCAAUCAACGGGCAUUUGGAAGUGGUUCAUUUUUUAAAAGAUAAUACUACGCAUGGAUGCAAAAUUGAUACUGCUGCACAAGUAUGCAGUGUUGGUAAAGGAGAUUAUUGUGCAAUGGUAUCGUUUAUUUUAAAAGAAUAUCCCAUCAAAUUCAAGUCCUCUCAAGAGUAUCGAAACACUAUUAAAUAUGCAGCUCAACGUGGAGAUAUAGAGUUGUACAAAAUAGUUGUAGAACUACUAGAUUUCAAUCGAGAAAAGAAUGGAUAUAACCCAUUACCUGAUGAAACCAUGUAUAAUAGGCGAGGAGGAGGAGGAGAAGGAGCUUUAGAGUUGUAUAGAUUGGUUGCAGAACAGUUCACUGUAUUUAAUAAUAAUAAUAAUAAGGACACGUCGUCGCCAUCCAAGCCUGCCUAUCAAACACUUCCGUUUUGGCAUCAUUUAUUACCACCAUUUGACAAACCUGACUUGCGUCUAUGGUUGCUUGUUGGAUUCUCGCAUAUAUUGACCAAGCAGGCGUACACUCAAAUUCUUUUGUCUUCAGUAUCGGCUGAAUCUCUAGAAACCCUCGAAGCUAUCCACCAAUAUUGUCCCGAUGUAUUUACAGAUGUAGCAGUGUGUCUUCACCUCUCAAAAAUUGCAUGUUCCAAUGACCGGGUUGAAGUACUCGAAUUUAUCCACCAGCGUGGAAUGCUGUCUGUUUUCAGUCACGAUCAACUAAUCUACAUUGCAUGUACACAUGAAUCGUUUAAAUGUCUUGCAUUUUUCAAACAACAUUCGAGAAUCCAGCUCAGUCAUCAUGGAGAACCAUUGAUAAAACCUUCACUUGAAAUUGUCCAAUUCCUCUGGGCCAACAUGCCAAUCAACAAUGAAACAGUUCGAUUCUACUUUUACGACGCGAUUAAUCGUGGAAACUAUGAAAUUGUUCAAUUCAUCGUCAACAAUAACAUUGAACAGUUAAAAGAGUUGUUUGCGGCGGUUGAUAGAAAUCAACCAACCACUCCACCACCAACUACUUCACCACCAUCUGGAACCAAGACCCUACCAAUCGAGUCACCAAUCGAUUGGGCUACGAUCUCUGGUCACAUUGAAUUGGUAGAAUACUUUUCUGAAAAGUUACCAUUCAUUUCUCCUACCAAAAUUGCAUUCACUGGAUUACAAACUCAUAUCAUACAACAACUUGUACAUCUUUAUCCAACAGAUUAUAGUAUUAUUCAAUUAAUAUUAAAUCAAGAAAAUCCAUUAAAAAAAAAUAAUCAAAAUAAUGAUAAUAUAGAUAAUAAUAAUAAUCAAAAUAAUAAUAAUAUAGAUAAUAAUAAUAUAGAUAAUAAUAAUGAUCUUGCUAGUCAAGCUAGUUAUUUUACCUUUAUAAGUAGAUAUUUCUCUAAAAAAUAA